UCUGAUCAAAGCAUACCUCGAUCUUCGUUCACUUCUUUGUUUUAAUUCCUCCUCUUUCUCCUGCUCAAAGGCUUCUCUGAUUUUGUAUUAUUAUAUUCUUAUCCUCUAUUGUUUUUAUAUCUUUGUUUUUCAACUAGAAUAAACUUUGAUCUCGAUACUUGUUAUUUAUACCAAUAUUAAUAUUUCCAAUUAAAAUUAAAGCUUGAAUUUAAUUGUAUCUUCAUCCUUUUUUUUAAAUCCUCUCUUAUAUUCUCAUUUCCUUUUUGCACUUUCAUUAUUCGUCUCUACAAAGAAAAUUGAAUAAAAUAAAAUAAAUUCAAAAAAUGGAAAAACUGUCAGCUUCUUCAAUUGUUAACUCCGGACCUAUAUCCAUUAUUUGUUAUUGCGUGUCUUCUAUUUUAAUGACUUUAACAAAUAAAUACGUCUUGUCUGGUAAUCCAAAUUAUAAUUUAAACUUUUUAUUAUUAUGUGUCCAAUCAGUUGUCUGUCUCUUAUUGAUUUUUUUCUUGAAAAAUUUUAAAGUUAUCAAUUACAGAGAAUUCAAUUCAAAAGAAGCAAAGAGUUGGUCCCCAAUCGCAAUCUUAUUGGUCGUCAUGAUCUAUACCUCUUCAAAGGCCAUCCAAUACUUAUCAAUUCCAAUCUAUACUAUCUUCAAAAAUUUAACCAUCAUUUUAAUUGCUUAUGGUGAAGUUAUUUGGUUCAGCGGUAAAGUCACUUCAAUGGCUUUAUCCUCUUUUAUCUUGAUGGUCUUAUCUUCUGUCGUUGCUGCUUUAGGUGACGAUAAGAGAUCUGUCUCCGACUUAUCUUCUUCUGCUUCCUUUUUUGGCUUGAACUAUGGCUACUACUGGAUGUUUUCAAACUGUUUUGCCUCGGCUACUUUUGUAUUGUACAUGAGAAAGAGAAUUAAAUUAACUAAUUUCAAAGAUUUCGAUACAAUGUUUUACAAUAACUUAUUGUCUGUCCCAAUCUUAUUGGUAUCUACCUUUAUUUUAGAAGAUUGGUCUGAAGAAAAUUUAUACCUAAAUUUUCCAACCGACCAAAAAAAUUCAAUCAUCUUUUCAAUGAUCUUUAGUGGUAUGGCAUCUGUUGGUAUCUCUUACUGCUCUGCUUGGUGUGUUAGAGUCACUUCUUCAACAACAUAUUCAAUGGUCGGUGCUUUAAAUAAAUUACCAAUCGCUUUAUCCGGCUUAAUCUUUUUCGAUGCAAGUGUCAACUUCUUAAGUGUUUCUUCAAUCUUUUUAGGUUUUGCCGCUGGUUUAGUUUAUGCUGUCGCUAAACAAAAAGAAAAAGCAGAAGAUGCCAAACAACACGUCUUACCUGUAUCUCAAAAACAGUAAUCAAUUAAGUAAUCAAUCGUUAUUAAUGAUCCUUUAAUCAGUCUUAUUAUAUAAUCAACCAAAUAAAUAUAUCCUAUUUAAACGAGAUUUA